UUUGUUUGUGUAUUUGUAUUUGUGCGUUUAGGUGGGGAGGGUAAGGUUGGGAAAGUGGUGGACAUUCGUGGCUGGGACACGGAGUCUGGCCGCAGCGUGGCCAGUGUCACCUGGUCCAAUGGCACCACCAAUGUCUACCGAAUGGGCCACAAAGGCAAAGUGGACCUGAAGUACGUGUCGGAUGGCCAAGGAGGCUUCUACUACAAAGAUCACCUACCUAAACUUGGUGAGCAUGCGGAGCUCCAGCGCCAGGAGAGCGCUGAUGGCCACUCUUUUCAGCAGGGAGACAAAGUCAAAUGUCUACUGGAGGUGGAGAUCUUGCGGCAGAUGCAGGAAGGACACGGAGGGUGGAAUCCCAAAAUGGCAGAGUACAUUUGUCGGAUCGGGACGGUUCAUAGAAUAACCGACAGAGGAGACGUCCGGGUCCAGUACAGCAACAACAUCCGCUGGACCUUCCACCCAGGAGCUCUCACCAAAGUGAACACCUUUGGAGUUGGCGAACUGGUUAAAGUUCUGGAUGAGCUGGAAAAUGUGAAGAGACUUCAGGCUGGCCACGGAGAGUGGACGGACAGCAUGACUCCUGUGCUUGGCCAGGUGGGAAAGGUGCUGAAAGUUUACGCUGACGGUGACCUGCGGGUGGCGUUUGGAGGUCAGACGUGGACGUUCAACCCGGCGUGCCUUAUGGCCCAGCCUGCAGAGGUUGAUGCCAACCUCAUGACGGCCGAGAACCCCAAUGAAUCUGGAAGUACCGUCAUCUCCGUGCUGGAGAAGCUGCUGUCUCAGUCCACGGAGCAGGACAACCCGGGCCGGCUCGUCAUCGAGGCAGCCCACGGGAGUGCCAACAAGGUGCGGGAGUUGGUGCAGAAGUAUCCCGACAAGGUGGAUAUCAAGAACCAAGGCAAGACGGCUCUGCAGGUCGCCGCUCACCAAGGCCACACAGAGGUGGUGAAGACCCUCCUGCAGGCCAACAGCUCCGUCGAGGUCAAAGACGAAGAUGGAGACACGGCUUUACACUACACUGCCUUCGGUAACCAGGCUGAGAUUGCACGGCUGCUGCUGAGCAAAGGGGCGAAUGUCAACGUACUGAACAACUCCAUGUGCACAGCGCUCCACAUCGCUGUCAACAAGGGCUUCACUGACGUGGUGCGAGUGCUGACUGAACAUGCGGCUGACAUCAAUCUCCAGGAUUCAUAUGGGGACACGCCGCUCCAUGAUGCCAUUGCCAAGGAUUUCCGCAGCAUCAUUGAGAUCCUGGUCGUAGUGCCCAACAUUGACUUCACCCAGCAGAACCACAGAGGCUUCAACCUGCUUCACCACGCCGCCCUCAAAGGAAACAAACUGGCCACAGAAAAGAUCCUGGGUCGAGCUCGACAGCUGGUGGACGUUAAAAAGGAAGACGGCUUCUCUGCCCUUCAUCUGGCUGCUCUCAACAACCACAGAGACGUCGCCGAGGUCCUUAUCAAGGAGGGGCGCUGUGAUGUCAAUAUCCGCAACAACCGAAACCAGUCACCGCUGCAGCUGGCCGUCACGCAGGGCCACACGGACCUGGUGCAGCUGCUGGUGGACGAGGGCGCCGACGUCAACAUGGAGGACGAGGACGGUGACACGGCGAUGCACGUGGCCCUGCUCCGCCCGCAGCUGGCCAACGUCAUGCUCACCCCGUCAGCAGGGGGCAGCAGCACGGAGGAGGGCAGCGAGGGCUGCUCGUCCACGUCGCUCUACUGCAGGCUGAAUUCCUCGGGUCUCCUGGGGAACACCGAGCUGAACGUCGCCAUGGCGAUUGCUUGUUUUCUGGCCCAGGAAGGUGCUGACAUUAGCUACGCCAACCACAAGGGCAAGAGUCCUCUGGACUUGGUGGGAGACGGCACCAUGAUGCAGCUCAUUAAGAACUUCUCUGAGAAGCACAGGUUGCAGCGCCUGCAGGCCAUCACCUGUGGGCAGGGCCUGAGCAGUGCGAGCCUGCGGCGGGUCCACACAACACCCAACACCAUGACCAACCUGGUUUUUCCCACGCCGGCCGGUCCCAGUGAAUGCCUCAUCUGUUCUGAGCUGGCUCUGCUGGUUCUGUUCUGCCCCUGCCAGCACAGCGUGGCCUGUGAAGAAUGUGCACAUCGCAUGAAGAAAUGCAUCAAAUGUCAGGUCACGAUAACCAAGAAAAUACGACAAGACCAAACCGAGGUGGACUGCAGCCCUGGCACCGAGAACUCUGAGCAGCACAACCUGCUGGAGCAGCUGCAGUCCCGCUACAGGCAGAUGGAGGAGCGCAUCACCUGCCCCAUCUGCAUCGACAACCACAUCAAGCUGGUCUUCCAGUGCGGCCACGCCUCCUGCAUCGACUGCAGCGCCGCGCUCAAGACCUGCCCCAUCUGCAGGCAGACCAUCCGGGAGCGGAUCCAGCUGUUUGUCUGAGCUCCAGGUUUGUGUCCUCCUAGGUCCGCUGGCCCACAGACCCCAGGAAGGGCUAUGGAGGCACGCCGCUCUCGUAUCCUCCCGUCUCUGGCUGCCGCACCUCACCAGCGGCGAUCAAACAUUCGUUCGAACGUUUUUUUUCUAAAGAGACGCUGCUGUAGAUCGCUCAGAGUUUGCCGUUACAUUUUUGGUUCAUUUCCAUCUGGAGCAGCCCAGGAACAUUGCUUUAAUUUAAAUUCCUGCUGCAGGACAGACUCCGAGCCGAGCCCAGGAGGAAACGCACGAGGCAGAGUGGACGUGACGCCUCCCUCCAUUUUGAAUCCUCUUGAUUGAUAAAGGAGCGAUGGGGAAGAAUAGAAAAAAAGUGUUUCCUCCUCAUGUUUCCUGUUGUACUUUGUCCGACCCUUUUGCUGCUUUACGUGGAUGUCUGUUACCCAUCAUCCUCUGUGGUUUUCUGGCCUCUUUUGUUUACAUGUCUGCACAGAGACCGGUUGUCCUGGCGCUCCUUGGCCCGUGAAGUACAUCGCUCUCAUUUACAUCCAUCUCGUAAUUCUCAAUGUAAGGCUCUGCAGAGAGAGGGUAUAGCUGAAAGCUUUCUAUGUAGACCCCAAAACACUUCUGUCUAUAUGCAAAGGGAGACAGAAACUAUAUAUGCAUGAGUAUUUGCAUAUUAUCCAGCUGAAAACGACUUGUUCUGUCACAGAUAAACUAGGGUUUUGUUUUACUCUAGGGGUUACGCUUGUGGUUGCCAACAUACCUUUGACUACAAAGUUUUAUUUAUGUGUGAAAGGUGUUUUAUUUUAUUUUUUAUGUUUUUUGCUUGGCAAAAAAUGUGUUUUUGUUUCUACUGAGGUUUAACCCAAGCCUACGUCUGCUACUCAGGGUAUCGCAUCUUGGAAGCACUCGGAAUAUCCAUAAAUGUUUUAAGAGCCCUUUCCCAGACUCUCACACUAACACCAUUACAGCGCUUUGUAUCGAUUUGUUCCGGUGGAUCACCAAGAGGAAGAAAUGUAACAAAAACAAAUAGAUCUUGGCAUUAAUGACUAACAUGAACACAAAACGUGUAAUUCUCAGUUGAAAUGUGGACGGUCGCGGAGCAGAUUCUGCGAAGAGACUUCAGUUCCCUUCAAAACAUACAAAACGAAGAUGUGAGAAGGUGCAAACUCUUGCAAAUGGAAACAAAAAAAAAAAAAAC